AUGACAGGUGACGCCAGCCCAGGUCCAAUCUGCAUCGGCAACACCACAACAGACGAGCUUGUCCAUUGCGUGGGCGCUAUUCCCUUGUGGCUUCCCGUGACGAUCGAACCGACGACGCGAAAGGUGGACCGGCCGAUACCUCCCUACCCAGUACCGACCGAGUCUCCGGCCUUGACGGGCGCAGGUCACCGAGGUAGUGCCCAGUCGGCCGCCCCGCUUCCGCCGAGUGGCAUCGAACGUACAGGCCGCCGCGAGCCACGUCGAGCCUACCAAAGAUACCUCGCACCGUCCACGACACUACCUCGGGUGUACGAGCAGGCGUGGUUCCCCGGAGCUGCCCUGGCUCAUGGAACCGACAGCACCUUCCACGAGUUUGCUCUUGGAACCCAAGUCCGUGCCUACCUAGCACCUAGAAGGUAA